UCAUGCAAUCAACAGAGUCUGGUGCUGGAGCGGUCGAGACAAGUGUGUCGGGAGUGAUUGUGUACGGAUUUUAGGAUAUACCAGCAGGUUGCAGUGCCUUAGCCAUGUCCUCGACUAUCGAGAAGAACGAGUAUCCGAAGGCUUCCAAUGCAUUAGUGCUUGGAGCCAUUCUGUCCUACGUGGCGUCUAUCUUCCUAAUGAUGAGCUUCUGUUCGCCUUAUUGGAUCGAGUCGUAUGACGAGUCGUUUAGUAGCUUUAAAAAUAUGGGCCUGUGGGAGUACUGCUUUAAGGACUUCAGCUAUCCGUACUAUCAGUUUCCGAAGUUGUUCAACGGAUGCCAUCAUAUUUUCAGCCAGGAGUACUAUGUUAUUCGGGAAUAUUUACUUCCCGGCUGGUUGAUGGUGGUUCAAGCAUUUGUCACAUUAUCUUUUCUAUUCACAUUCGGAUCGUUAGUGAUUAUGGCCUGCGAGAUGGUGAGAUGGCCUCUGAAACUUGUACUGCGCUACGAAUGGCUGUUGACUACGAUUUCGUUCAUUGGAAUUGCUUCAUCAUCAUUCUUCAUGUUCUUAGCGGUGGCCAUAUUCGGCGGUAACGCCUACCGUCGCGACUGGCUGAUGUACCCGAAAUUUAACGUACUCUCGUGGUCCUAUGCUCUGGCCGUGGUGAGCUUCAUGCUGCUCGGGUUAGCCGCGCUACUACUGUACAAGGAAGCUAAGAAAUCUUACGAACUUCGCCGCGAGGCGAAGAAUCUGGUAAUGCAGAUGCAGAUGCAGGAACCCGGAUACCACCCGUCAUCGCAUCACACCAGCCGGAGUCUACACAGCGGAGGUUACAUAUAAAUGCCCAUCCUGUAGAGGGGAAACGAUUUAAGCACUAAUUUUAUCGCUAUCGUGUCGUGCAUAGACGACAGGUUUAAUGUGCUUCUAAAAACGCAUACACUCACCGUAUUUUAGCAACAACACAAAUCAGCAAAGAAAUGUCUGCCAGUCCCCCGAGUGACACUCGCACAGCUCUCCCCCUUUAGAUUUCUGAUUACGCGGGAAAGCAAACUCAUAACCUCAACGAACUUUAUCGAACAGAUUGGUCCCGGGGGACAACAUCGCACUAUAUGUGGCCUUAACGAAAAAUCAAACGAGCAGCAAGCUCACAAAAAUAUACCUGUCUACAUUUUCUAACCUAAGCAGACGUCGUCAGAAUAUUACUUGAUUCAAGUACGACUUUGCGAUAAUUGUGAAAAAACUUAAUAAGAUUUUGAAUCAUUCUUAUUGUAUUAAUUAUCAGCACAAAAAUCGAACUCGAAAGUUUCUAAUUAGUUGUUUUCAUUGUUAGCGUUAUACUAUGUUUAAAAUAUGUUUCUAAUAUUCCAUCCGUUUUUUUGCUCAUAUGGCGAUCGUAUCCGGCAGGUUUCAGUUCAAAACAAAAAAAAAAUCUUCCAAUUGAACUUUUAGUGUAAAUGAAAAAUAUGUAAGUUAAAGUUUAUUUUUAUUCCAAUGAAAACAAAGACAUGUAUUACAACCACGAAUCUCGUACUAGAGCCGUCCAUUCGAUUAAGGUUAAAUACAGAACAAUGACAUGUUGUCAAUCUUCAUUUACAUUUUACCGUUUUCUGUUCGGACACUUUUGAUGGUAUUUUAUAACCGUUUACAAACCAUAGAAUUGUAGUGUCUAGUUUUUAAGGCAAUUUAAUGAAUCGCGAUCUAAUAUUCAACUUACUAAAUAUUGGCAAUAAAUGUUGUAGU